AUGUGGCUUCGGAUGCUCGAGGUUUGGCUCACUGCAAGGCUUCUGGCGAGCCCGGGGUUUCACAGGACGGUGAGGCUAGUACACAAGAAGGUCCAGGAGAUUCGGCAUGGCAAGGCCUUGGAUGAUAUGGGAGGCACCAAUAUUGAGAAGCCAGAGGGCAGUCUGAAGCGUUUCUUCGAGUUAUUCCGUGACGAACUGAAAAAUCAAGCUGGCAGGGGCCCUCGACACCCAUAA